ACCAGGGCGCACUCUGAAACGUAAGCCGUCGGUGUGAUCCAGCGCCAGGCUUUCGCCUCGUUCCCUCCUCGCUCUUUGAAAGCAACAUCAGAGCAAGGUUUAAAUCGGUUUGCCAUUUGGCGUUCGCAAGCAAACAUUUUGCUCGCUGCUCGCCAGUGUUGUAAAUAUAUGCCAGGGGGAGGAGGGGGAAGAAAGAAAAGCAAGAGGGGAAGAGUAUUUUGGGAGGGGAAGGAGGAGGAGAGAGGAUAAUAGCCGGGAGGGCGAGGAACGAGGGAAGCAGGGCAGCUUUGUUCAGCAAGGACAUUUCUCUCCCCGUUUGGCCGUGGAGUGGCAUGGCACGGAUCGCCGAGCUCUUGAAGGAAGGCUGAGCAUUAAAGGAGACGGGGAGCAGAGGAAAACCGAGGGGGAAAUAACUGGAUACAGAAAAUAUAUCUCUAACCAAGCGGCUGCCGGUAGACAAUAUAUCUCGAACCAAGCUGACUGCGGCACACGGUUUGGGUAGGGUGGAAAGAGGGGGCAAGAGUGAUUGAGGGCUCUGCAGGCUGCAAGAAAGUCUUGCUCAUCCGGCCAGCCUUUCCGAAGGAGGGUGGGAGUGAGUGAGUGAGUGAGGGAGGGAGGGAAAAGUGUCCGGUAGCGAGAGGCAGGGGGUAGGUGGAGCUGCGCCCUCGCACACACACACACACACACACACACACACACACACGGGGAGCAGAGCAAGCCGGAGCCUGCAUCCGUAUGGCAGCUUGCGUGGACCUCUCGGUGCCCCUUCAGCAGCGGAGAGGGAGCCUCGCACAGUGAAGAGCCGCCGCCGCCGCCGCCGCCGCCUUUACCCGCUGUGCGCAGUCCCGGGGAGCUGUGCUAGCGAAGGGAGGGAGGGAGGGAAGAAGGGAGGGAGGAAGAGACGCGGAGAGGGGGGCAAUGGAGCCCCGUCGCGCCUUUCUUUGAUCGGUGGACGCCCGCCUGCUCGGUGUACGGACGGGAUUCCUCUCGCUCUUUCUCGUCUGCCAUCGCCGCCGCCGACGACUCCCGAACCAAGGUCCCUACCCAACAAGGCUUGUCUUCCGACAGGAGAACUCAGCUUAAUCUCUGUGGGCACACAGAGCUGGUGAGCAAGCAACUCUCCAUUGGCUUUCAGGCUGCACACCCUCAAUGAUGAUCUCUUCCAUUGUCUACUUCCAGGUGAACUGAUGAGGUGACUAAUGGUGCUUCUCAUCCAUCCCAAGACUAAUUUACUUCAGUUGCUAAGGAAUUGAUUUGGUGCUGACCUUUCUGCGUGGUCACUUCACUCAGUUGGGAUUAAGACCUGCAGUCGGUGAAUGCUGAGUGUGAAGUACUGACAGAAUGCCGGGGGGGAGCAGCAAAUCUUGCACGUUACCCAGAAACGUUGCCUACCCUUGUCCAGUUGAGCUUCACAAAAUGAUCAUGUGGAUGCAGUGCUUCCUGAUCAUGCUCGUCAGCUCAGCUGCAGUAACUGCCUUUAGCCGAGCUCCAGUGCCAAUGGCUGUGGUGAGAAGGGAACUAUCCUGUGAGAGCUACCCAAUUGAACUUCGCUGCCCUGGAACUGAUGUCAUUAUGAUUGAAAGUGCUAAUUAUGGAAGGACUGAUGAUAAAAUCUGCGAUGCCGACCAAGCCCAGAUGGAAAACAUCCGAUGCUUCUUGCCAGAUGCCUAUAAGAUAAUGUCACAAAGGUGUAAUAAUCGAACCCAAUGUGCCGUAGUUGCUGGUCCUGAUGUGUUUCCAGACCCUUGCCCAGGGACAUACAAGUACCUGGAAGUUCAGUAUGAGUGUGUCCCAUACAUUUUCUUAUGCCCCGGAACACUUCAAGCAGUUUAUCAGAUGGACCACUUGUUUGAGUCCGAUCACCAGUCUGGGGCUUGGUGCAAAGACCCACUUCAAGCUUCGGACAAGGUCUACUACAUGCCGUGGACUCCCUACAGGACAGACACACUGACGGAAUACUCUUCAAUGGGCGACUUCAUUGCGGGACGGCCCACCAUCACCUACAAGCUUCCUCACCGAGUGGACGGAACGGGCUUCGUUGUGUAUGACGGUGCGCUGUUCUUCAACAAAGAGCGAACGCGAAACAUCGUGAAGUUUGACCUCAGGACUAGGAUCAAGAGUGGGGAGGCCAUCAUAGCCAGCGCCAAUUACCACGACACCUCCCCUUACCGAUGGGGAGGGAAGUCUGACAUUGAUCUUGCGGUGGACGAAAACGGGUUAUGGGUCAUCUAUGCAACAGAGCAGAACAAUGGCAAAAUAGUAAUUAGCCAGUUAAAUCCUUACACUUUGCGGAUUGAAGGAACUUGGAAUACUGCCUAUGAUAAGAGGUCAGCUUCAAAUGCCUUCAUGAUUUGUGGCGUUCUCUACGUGGUGAAAUCUGUGUAUGAAGAUGACGACAAUGAGGCCACUGGGAAUAAGAUAGACUAUACCUAUAACACCGAGUUAAGUAUGGAAGGAAGUAUUGACAUCAUCUUUCCCAACUCCUACCAGUACAUUGCAGCAGUGGAUUACAAUCCGAGAGACCAUAAGCUCUAUGUGUGGAAUAAUUACCACGUCCUGAAAUACUCGCUGGAGUUCGGUCUACUCAAUGAACAAGAACCAACAUCUUCCUCAUUUGUCAUGGAAGCUACCAAAAGAUUCAACGUUGUGAUGUCCACUCCCACAACCACAACUGUUCCUGCUUCAGGAAGGAGAGCCAAGGCGACCAUAACGGCGGCACCCGAGAUCCCUCUGUUAAUUCACAGGACCACCAUGAAGACACCAAAAGCAUCCCAGCCCCCUCCGGAGAUUCCAGAGUGCUGUGAAGCUACAGACAAGCGGGACAUAUCUUGGCCCAAAACCAAGCCAGGCGAGACCACGAAGAGACCAUGUCCUCUCGGAACAGUGGGUAUGGCGGUCUAUGCUUGCUUGUCACCUGGAGGAUACUGGGAUCCGUUGGGUCCGGACCUGAGUAACUGCAGCUCUCCAUGGAUAAACCUGCUGUCUCAGAAAGUUCGAUCUGGUGAGACUGCGGCCAACAUCGCUCGAGAGCUUGCAGAGCAGACGAAAAGCCUGAUUCACGCGGGGGAUAUUUUGUUCUCUGUAAAGCUCAUGGAACAAUUAGUGGAUUUGCUCAACCGGCAACUUCGUAAUCUCACUCCGGGUGGGAAAGACAGUGCCGCCCGGAGCCUUAACAAGCUGCAGAAACGAGAGCGAUCUUGCAGGGCCUACAUUCAGGCCAUGGUGGAGACGGUCAACAAUCUCUUGCAGCCACAAGCUCUGGAUGCUUGGAAAGACCUGAUGACAAAUGACCAGUUGCGAGCAGCCACCAUGUUACUGGACACGGUGGAACAGGGGGCCUUUGUCCUGGCAGACAAUCUACUCAAGACAGACGUGGUCCGAGAAAACACAGAAAAUAUACUUUUGGAGGUUGCCCGUUUAAGCACAGAUGGAUCUUUAGAAGAUUUGCAGUUUCCACAAAACGGCAUAAAUGGGAACUCAAUCCAGCUCUCAGCAAGUACUCUGAAAAAGAAUGGCCGCAAUGGUGAGAUAAGGUUGGCUUUCGUCCUCUACAAUAACCUGGGAAGUUACCUUUCUACAGAGAAUGCCAGCUUCAAACUCGGAAGUGAGGCGAUGUCAACCAAUCACACUGUCAUAGUCAACUCGCAAGUUGUCUCUGCGUCAAUCAACAAAGAAAGCAACCGCAUCUACUUGGCAGCGCCCGUCAUUUUCACCUUAAAACACAUCGAUCUGCAAAACAAUUUUAAUCCAAACUGUUCAUUCUGGAGCUACUCCAAACGCACCAUGACGGGAUACUGGUCCACGCAGGGCUGCAGAAUGCUGGGGUCGAACAGAACCCACACUACCUGCUCCUGCAACCAUCUGACCAACUUCGCAGUCCUCAUGGCACACAAAGACAUCAAGUUUAGUGACCCUGUACAUGAACUACUGCUGGAGGUUAUCACCUGGGUCGGGAUCCUGAUAUCACUCGUCUGCCUGCUGAUCUGCAUCUUCACCUUCUGUUUCUUUCACGGACUUCAGAGUGACCGAAACACCAUUCACAAAAACCUCUGCAUCAGUCUUUUUGUAGCCGAGCUGCUUUUCCUGAUUGGAAUCAAUCGAACAGACCAACCGAUUGCCUGUGCUGUCUUUGCAGCUUUGCUUCACUUCUUCUUCCUGGCUGCUUUCACCUGGAUGUUUCUGGAGGGUGUUCAGCUCUACAUUAUGCUGGUGGAAGUCUUUGAAAGUGAGCACUCCCGCAGGAAGUACUUCUACCUGGUCGGCUACGGAGUACCUGCACUCAUUGUCGCCGUCUCAGCCGCCGUGGACUACCGCAGCUACGGAACGACAACAGCAUGCUGGUUGAGACUAGACACAUACUUCAUUUGGAGCUUUAUAGGGCCUGCCACCUUGAUUAUUAUGUUGAAUGUGAUCUUUCUUGGGAUUGCUCUUUACAAGAUGUUCCAUCACACAACUGUGCUGAAACCAGAAUCCAGCUGUUUAGACAAUAUCAAAUCAUGGGUCAUUGGUGCAAUAGCUCUCCUCUGCCUCCUCGGACUCACGUGGGCCUUUGGACUUAUGUUCAUCAACGAAAGCACUGUUAUCAUGGCAUAUCUCUUCACCAUUUUCAACUCACUGCAGGGAAUGUUUAUAUUCAUUUUCCACUGUGUCCUGCAGAAAAAGGUGAGGAAAGAAUACGGCAAAUGUUUCCGUACCCAGUGCUGCAGUCGGAAAAGCACGGACAGCUCCCUUGGGUCGGCAAAGACAUCUGGUGCUCGAACUCCUGGCCGCUACUCUACAGGCUCUCAAAGCCGAAUUCGAAGGAUGUGGAACGACACAGUUCGAAAGCAGUCCGAAUCUUCCUUCAUCACAGGAGAUAUCAACAGCUCUGCAUCAUUGAACAGAGGGGCCAUGGCUAAUCAUCUAAUAACCAAUGCUCUGCUUCGUCCUCAUGGCACUAACAAUCCCUAUAACACAUUGCUUGGGGACUCCGCAGUCUAUAACAACCCCUCAGUCAGCAUGUACAACACGCAAGAGGUGUUGCUGAACAAUGCCAGGGAUACAACUGUCAUGGAUACUCUACCACUGAAUGGUAACCAUGGCAACAGCUACAGCAUUGCCAGUGGAGAAUACCUGAGCGACUGCGUGCAAAUUAUCGACCGUGGCUACAACCACAACGAGACAGCCCUGGAGAAAAAGAUCCUGAAAGAACUCACUUCCAACUACAUCCCCUCCUAUCUCAACAACCACGAGCGUGCCAACGAACAGAACCGGAACCUCAUGAACAAGCUGGUGAACAACAUUGGGAACGGCAGCGAGGACGACGCAGUCGUUCUCGACGACGCUGCCUCGUUCAACCACGACGAGAGCCUUGGACUGGAGCUUAUCCGCGAGGAGUCGGACGCCCCCCUGUUGCCGCAGAGGGCGCAUUCGGUCGAGGGCCACCAGGCCCAACAUUACCCCAGCCGGAGGAGGAUCCCUCAGGAUCACAGUGAGAGCUUUUUUCCUUUGUUAACCAACGAGCACACGCAAGAACUGCAGUCGCCCAACAGGGAUUCUCUGUACACCAGUAUGCCUGCUUUGGCAGGUGUGCCCAUGGCAGAUGGUAGCGCCCCCCAGACCCAAAGCGCUGCCCCACCAACCAAAAGUAGCGAGGGUGAUGACGUGUAUUAUAAAAGUAUGCCGAAUCUGGGCUCCAAGAACCAUGAACAGCAACUUCUCAAUUACUACCAGCUGGGACGUGGAAGCAGUGAUGGAUUUAUAGUUCCUCCCAACAAAGAAUGCUCCUCGCCUGAAGGGAAUUCAAAGGGACCAUCGCACUUGGUCACCAGUCUAUAGGGGAAAACGGACUAACCCUGGACACCUUGUUCUGGUCUCCCAGACGCAAGUGAAAAAGAUCUGUGUAUGCUUGAAUCUAAAUGCUGUUCAUAUACUGCUGAACUACUUUGAGAUGUUUUUAUUCAGACCAACCUAGCAAGGCACUACAGGGGAAGCAGAUGAUAAAAUAAAUAGUCUGUUUUAAGGCAAAAACUAAAAUAAAAUAUUAUUGAACUGAUUGAGAGGGUUGGACGUGUAUAUUGAAAUGGCAUUCGGUUUUGCUUCCUUCAAUAAUGCAAAGUUUUUAUCCUUUUUUCCCUUGUGUCUAUUUUCUCAAGGACUUCUAACUGAAGCUUGGUGUAGGUCAGUGUCCGCUGCCCUGGUGCAAGGCUAAGGAUUGCUUUCUUUUUUUUUUCCUCUCUUUUUUGUUUUUAUUUUCACUGUAUAUCAAUUGUGGUCGUCUUUCACAGCGUAGAUGAGUCGCAGUGGGAAGAGCUGCGGAACUCCUCCGAUUUAAAGGAACCUGUCCAAAUCUCCAAGAAAGGGAACUAUUCGAAUCAUAUGCUAGACACAUGUUUAUGUUUUGCUGUAAUAAUUCUGAUUAUAAAACUAAUGAUGAGAAUUUUGAGAGAGAAAAAAAAAAUCUAUGUACAGACACUCAGCAUUGCACAUAUAAUGUAGUAUGCUCCCCCCCCCCCCCCCCCCCCCCCCCUCUGAAUUUAUAUCCCUGUUGGUGUAGUGAACAAGACAGUUUCUGUUGUGCUGGUCUUGCAAGUUUUGUCUUGCCAGUAGGAGCAGUGUUUUCCCCCCAUAACUCUUUCUGUUGAGCUUUUAUUUGUCCUGGCAGUUCCUCCGAAGAACACGAUUUAUAAAGCUCAUUUUGAUAGUGAGGUGAUCACAACUACUAAGAGAAGAAAAAAAAGACGUUUUUUAAAAACUGUUUUAGGUUUUUUUUUCUCUCGCUGUGUAUUUUGAAGUGAAGUCAUGUUUUUUUGCCAACAAAAAAAAAAAUUAAAAACUUUAGAAUUUACAGCAGGUACAUUUUUGUUUACAAUGCACUAUGUUAUUUCCUAAAUGUGUUCAAGCAACAAAGGUCCACAACGGGAGCAAGGCACUCUGUUAGACACCAAGGAUUCUUGGUAGAAAAUAGUGGAACUCAUGCAUGUGGAGAAAUAAAAAGUAGAAACAUUUUUGUGUUAAAACUAGUCAAAGCACUAGGCACUUGUACCGUGGUGGUAAAAAUAUUGACUUAUUAAAAUGAAAGUUAUUUUGAA